CUGAUAGCUUGUGUGUCGACGCAUUUACAAUAGAAAACUACCGUGUGAAUGUUUAUUUAAAAUAUAUCUAGUAGUUAAACUUCUAUUUGUAGUCCAUAGGCAUACAAUUUCCCCAUUGUGGGACAAAUAAAGGUUUUCUUAUCUUAGACAGAAGCCUAUUUAUAGCCUGGGCUACUCGCAGUAUAUGUGAGUGGGUUUCUUUUCUGUAAAUGAAAUAGAGAUGUAGAUGUCACUAGCUAUUCAAUCAACAUUAACCUUUGACAGGUAUCUCAUUUCUCACGAGAUUACAGCUCCUGUGGGAGUACAUGCAAGUCGCUGUAUAGACAAGGAUAACAUAACCUUCUGAGGUAAAACUUGUUGUUUUUUUGUUUUUUUUAAACCUAAAUUGUGUCUGUGACUAUGGAAAGUGAAUGUGUUGUUGUUAAGACUGGGUGCACCCAAAAACUUAUUUUCGGUCUUUGAAAAAAAAUGAAAAGCUCAUCUUCACUGGAUGAUGAAGUGUCUAUGUUGUCCUGAGCAGUUAAACUGACCAACCUUUCCAACAGGAUGAAGAUUAUUUUGUUGAAAUAUAUAUAUAUUUUUUUCAUUCAGCUGUCGCCGCUAAUGUUUUGGAAUCUUUCAGAGCUCAAACGUCGCAAAUUCGCAUCGCGGCUGAUGUGAAUGGUUUUGACGCGAACUAUUCGCACGCGUACUAUUCGCUUUUUCGUUUCGCGUCUGGUGUGAAAGGACCUUUAUUGUCAGCUUGUGUAGUGUGUAACCUCCUGUUGCGGUUCUUUUACGUAGUGUGAACACCACAAUGACUUCAAGACUCCACAGCAGGUCAUGUAUUCUGGACAGCACAGCGAUCUGCCAACGUUUAAAGUCCUGUGGUGUAAACUUGUCAUUACCUGGCAUUCCAAAUUGUUUGGAGUUUCUGGCAGAGCCAGGAGAUCCACAUGCCCAGGAGUAGCUGGCUCUUGGAGGGCCAGAAGUGGAUCCAUGCCACUGAGAAGAGGCUGAGGAGAAACAGAGGGGCUGACAGGGGACAGCUGAGACUGGGCAGACGGACAGGCUGUGGUCUGACAGGCAUUAGUUGAUCUGAAGAGGAAGAAUCAGAUCUGAUGGCACUGAAAGUGGAGAAUGAAGAGCUAAAUGAAAUGGACGAGAAAGAUCGGUAUGGAAAACAUGAUUUCAAAACUGGAGAAAAAUCUUUUAAUUGCUCACAGACUGAAAGCAUUUCCUCUCAAAAAAUCACUCAAAAGACUUCAAAGAGUUUAACUGGAAAACGACACCUUAAAGUCCACAUGAAAGUUCACAACGGAGCAAAGUCAUUCAGAUGUAAUCAGUGUGGAAAGAGCUUUACAGCAAAUAAACAUCUUACAGUCCACAUGAGAAUUCACACUGGAGAGAAGCCUUUUACCUGCGAACAGUGUGGAAAAGGUUUUGCUGAAAAAGGACACCUUAGAUCCCACAUGAGUAUUCACUCUGGAGAGAAGCCUUACAACUGCAAACUGUGUGGAAAGAACUUCACUGAUAAAGGAAACCUUCAAGUCCACAUGAGAAUUCACACUGGAGAGAAGGCGUUCACAUGUGAUCAGUGUGGAAAGAGUUUCACUCAAAAAAUACAUCUUAAUAGCCACAUGAGAAUUCACACUGGAGAGAAACCUUUCACCUGCAAAUUGUGUGGAAAGAGCUUUACUGAUAUUGGAAACCUUCAAGUCCACAUGAGAGUUCACACUGGAGAGAAGGCGUUCACUUGCCAACAGUGUGGAAGGAGUUUUACUCAAAAAGGACAUCUUAAAGGCCACAUGAGAAUUCACUCUGGAGAGAAGCUUUUCACCUGCCAACCAUGUGGAAAGAGAUUCACUGAUAAAGGAAUCCUUAAAGUACACAUGAGAAUUCACACUGGAGAGAAGCCUUUCACCUGCCAACAGUGUGGAAGGAAUUUCACUCAAAAAGGAAAUCUUAAAGUCCACAUGAGAAUUCACACUAGAGAGGAGCUUUUCAGCUGCCAACAGUGUGGAAAGAGCUUCACUCAAAAAGGAAACCUCAAAGUCCAUGUGAAAAAUCACAACGGAGAGAAGCCUUUCACCUGAAAACUGUGGGAAGAGCUUCACAACAGAAAUAAACCUUGGGUAUCACAUGAACAUUCACACUGGAGAGAAGCCAUUCACAUGUGAUCAGUGUGGAAAGAGUUUCAAACAUAAAGUAACCCUUAAUGGCCACUUGAGAAUUCACUCAUGAAGUGUUGAAAAUUUUUCAGUUUAAACUUACACCUAAAAUGUCACCUGAACCCCUUUAGGACGAAUAAAGGCCAGAAAACACCAAGCCGACGCUGACGAACUAGUAGCGACGAAAGCAGAGUGCGGGGUUGGCUCACGUCGGCAGCACCUGUGUCCAAAGUUGGCCUGACACACCAAACCAACGCUAGACAGCCAACAGCCAUGUAGCACGUCCAUUAUGCACCUGCGUAAGAUGAAAUGCCUUUCCAUACCAGCAGGUGGCAGUAGCUGAACAGCCAAACAGAAUGAUCAGAUGAACCGACGCUGAUUCAACAUGCCGAAUCAGCUGAAAACAAGCAGAUGAAGACCAACUUCAGCCGACGGUGCGGAACACACUGAGAAAACUGAGUCGGCCGACGAAAAAAAGCUACCUUAAUGGCCACUUGAGAAUUCACUCAUGAAGCGUUGAAAAAAUUUCAUCUUAAACUCACACCUAAAAUGUCACUUGUGUUACGACCAGGGCUUGACAUUAACUUUUUUGCUCACCAGCCACUGUGGCUAGUAGUUUUUCAAAGUUACUAGCCACUCAGCAUUUUAACUGGCCACAAUUUUGAUGUUGGUAAAUUACAUUUUAUAUG